AUGGCAUCAUCAUCAAUAGGACCAUGGUUGGGUGGUGGACGGCGUACAGAUAUGGGUUUUGUAAGCCCAUUUUCAUCUGAUGUAUGGGAUCCAUUGGGCCUGGGCUUUGGUGGUGAAUUGGGCUUUGGUAGUGGAUUGGGCUUCAAGCGUGGUGGUGACGAUGAUGUUUCUGCUUUGGCCCACGCAAGUGUGGAUUGGCGUGAAACUGAUCAAGCUCAUAUUUUUCGUGUUGAUAUUCCUGGUGUGAAGAAGGAAGAUCUAAAGGUGCAAAUUGAAGAUGACAACAUACUGGAGAUUAGCGGUGAAAGAGUUAAAGAGGAAGAAAAAGGGGAUGACAAGUGGCACCGCGUGGAGCGUAGACGUGGCAGUUUCUGCAGAAAAUUUCGGCUACCGGAAAAUGUCAUCGUGGAAGGUAUAAGUUGUGGGCUUGAAAAUGGAGUUUUAACUGUGAAUGUACCCAAGAAAGAAACACAACAAAUUCCAAAAAAUGUUAAGGCUAUAGGCAUAGCUUAG